GCCUCAUGUUUUAAAAUAAUACGAUUUUGUCCAUUAUGUGUUUUUUGCGUAUUUUUUCCAUUAUUUUGAAAAACUUCGAAUGUAAAAGUUAAGCGGAUGGCAGGAAAUGAAAAUACUCUUGUGAAUUGCUGCAUCUGUGACUCCAACUGUGAAGAAACAAUUGUAUGUUGGAAAAUAUUUUGUGUAGAAGAUGAACAAUUAACUGUUCAAGGGUUGUAUGAUAUGGUUUUAAGCUCUUCCGAAGAAAUGAAUCUGCAUUUAUCCGACUAUUUUCUGGAAAGGUGCAAAGUAGGAAUAUCUCCAGAAAACCUCUACUCUGUUGAUGGUUUCCGAAUGAAAGUUAAACAACUUGUUGCUAUAUUUGGUCAUUUUGUAAAAUUUUACAUAAAUAAAACAACUUUAAAUGAAGGUGAAAGCAGUUUUACAGAUACAAAUAGAACAAAUGCUUUUGUGAUGGUUGAAGCUCAAAAAUGCAUUUCAACAAAAACAAUUCCAGAACUUAAAAUUCCACGCAAUAAAAAAGAUGAGUUGUUCAAUGCAUUGAUAAAAUUCAUCGAAAAUAGUGAAUUUAAAUGGACAUCUUCAGAAAUAAGUUCAAAUAUGGGUUUGAGCACAAUUAGUAUACUAACAGAUGUGUUAUGGUAUAUUGAUGGUCAUUAUGAAAAGUUUGCUGAGCGGUAUUGUGGAAUACCAAAAGUAUUCUAUCAAUUUACUAAUUUCAAUAAACCCGAAAGAUUUAAGCAUAAAAAAAGACAAGUGUCAUCACUCUCUGUAGAUAAUUUAAGUUCACAUUCUCAACGAUUGUUUGGUAAUCUUCAAUCUGGUUUUUGGAAUCAUCCAGAAUGGAAACCAUUUAAGCAAGAGGUUGAGAUGCUGGCUCAAGGGCUUCAAAAAUACUGCAAUAUUAUAAAAUCCAAAAGAAGCCAAGUUUUUAUAAAUCAUCAUACAAAUGAACAAGUCCGAUGUAUAAGCAACUCACUAAAUAUAAUGUACAUUCCAGCACGACUCACACCAUCUGAAGAUAUCACUGAUCUGUCAUAUAUAGUAAACAGUGGAGAAAUUGAUAAAAUCUAUUUACUAGAAGAAUUAGACCUUUUAUCAAAUGAUCGCCGACAAAGAUAUGAGUAUAUUGAAGAAGUAAAAAAAGGACUAACAGUACCUACAAUAUUAGUAACUUAUUCUCCAGGAAGUAACUUGUGUAACCUACAAUGGAUUUGGCAUACAUCUGCUCUAGAUAUUAAUUCUGCUCUGCAUUCUAUUCAACCCUUAAUUGAAUCAAUUAAGUUACAAAUUCCGAAGUAUCACUCAAGAGCUAUGCGGAAGGCUGCUUUUGAAAAAUACGGUCUAAUUACUCCCUCUGUUAAGAAAAGUGUUUUAAGACAUAUGUACAAAGAUCUAGCUGGUGAUGUUUCAGCUGCUGACACAUUAUCCCAAGCUGAAGUUGAUAACAGAGUAGAUCUAUUUUUUGAACUUGAAGAUCCAGAUCUUAUAUACGAUUUUCGUGAACUUUAUGCUGGUAGACAUACCCAAUUUGAUACUUUUUGGGCUAAAGCAAAAGAAUUUCUUGAAGAAGACAUUGGAACUGCUGUAGAUGAUAGGCGACAUUCACAAGUUGUACAUAUAACAAAAGCAGUUUCAGUUAGAGAUUUCCGUGAUCAAGUUGCAGCCAAACUAUCUGAUGAUACCCCUAUUCCAUCCAAAUCAUAUAUCCAAUUGCAAUUUAUGCCAGCUAGAAAAGAAACAAAAACUUCACAGAGAUACACAGGGAUUUUGAAUGUGAAGAGAAUGGUACAGCAAAGACAAUGGCGUAAACAACACCCUGAUUCUCAUUAUGCAGCUUGUAUUUUUCGCUAUCAACGUGAGUUUGCUUUGAAAACAAGGGAUGUAUCGAUACUAGUUUGUGCUGAUGACAAGCAUCGGAUUAAAGUAGGAGAACCUUCAUUUCCAGUAGCAUCAGUUGAGCGAGGUCGCCAGGUGCUUGUUCAGGGAAAAACGUUGUUUCAGGUUAGUGAUCAUGACUUCACACGGUUCAGUAUGAUUCCAUCUGUUUCACUAGUUGUCGAUAUACCAUAAA